AUGGAUAUGAAGAGUUCAAGGCACAUGUUGAAGAGUGGCUUUCCAGACAAGAAUCCUCCAUCAAAACCACAAUCUAUAGCUAGUAGAAAAUCAUCUAAUAUGUCAAGACCUCGAUCUGCAAGGACAGCAUCGAGUUACAAAAGUACAAGUUCCAGUUACAAGAGAACUGAGGCAAUAGCUGUCAGAGAACUUGCAAAAUUGAAAAUGAAGCAACUGUCAGAGCUAGAACAGGCUGAACGAAAUACUGAAGAAAUGAAUCGGCAAGCCGAAGAAAGGAAACGGCAAGCUGAAGAAUUAAAAUCAGCAUCAGAGAGAAAAAUAAGGCGAGUACAAGCUAUACACGAAUAUCAAGCCGCAUGUGUAGAGGCGGAAGUGUGGGAAAUAGGCUCUAAUCGCAAUGAAAGGGUUCAGUUUCAAGAAAUGGAUUCUGGACCACCGAUAGCACAAUUGGUAGAAUGUGAAGCAGCACGGGCUGAAGUAAACACACCUCAAGUGGGUCAAACCAAUUGUAUUGUGCCUCCUAGAGAGCCACAAGUUAGAUUAUCCCUGGAUCCGGUCCAGGAAGUGGUUGCGGAAGUGAUGAAUCCCGUUAAUCAAGAAUUUCGAACUAGACAAGAUGGAACGAGACAGGCUAAUUUGGUGAGUCGUGUAGAAGUACCUAAUAUGCCAUCACAAGAUGUUGGCUCAAUUCUUGCUACUAUGACAUAUACAAUGCGUGACAUGGUAGAUUUACCUAAACCCGAAUUACUUUCGUUUCAUGGUUGUCAUGAAGAAUAUACAAGAUUCAUGAAUAGUUUCAAGAUAAAUAUUGAGAACAAGAUUUCAGAUGACAAUCUGAGACUUACUUACUUGCAACAAUUUUGCAAAGGUAAAGCAAGAGAAUUGAUUCGUCAAUGUUCUGUGUAUCCUCCUACAGAAGGAUUGACUUUAGCAAAGAGACUUCUAAGAGAAGCUUAUGGACGACCAUUGUUGAUUGCCAGAACUUAUAUGGAAGAGUUGGUACAUGGUCCAAUGUUGAAACCAGAUGAUCGAGAUAGUCUUUUGGAUCUUUCUCAUAAAAUGGAAGAAUGUUACCUAACGCUGUCGCAUUGGAAGCAAUAUUCAGAUCUAAAUAAUUUUGACAAUAUUGCUCAACUUUCAUGUAGAUUACCCCUGAAGUACCAUAAUAAAUGGGAAGAAGAGGCAGCAGAUUAUGAGAAUAGAAACAUUGAACUAAAAUUUGAACAUCUUUUAAAGUUUGUCAAGAAAGCAGCAAUUACGGCACAAUCAUCGAUGGGCAAAGCUAUGAGAGCUCAUAAAGAGAGGGAAAAGGCUAAACACCCUCAAAAGAAGAGAAUUUAUGCAAAUUCCACUUCAACAAGUGGUGAUGGCAAACCUGAACAAUCUACCGAGAGAAAAGGUACAUUUGUGAGAAAUAGAUACAGAUGUGUUAUCUGUUCAAAAGAUCAUUUUCUUAUUCAUUGUCCAGAGUUUGAAAGAAAAUCUGCAAGUGAACGCGAGGCUACAAUUCGUGAAUUUCAUAUUUUCAGAAACUGUUUAUACAUUGGUCAUAUGGCACGGCAAUGUCGUAAGAAUCCUGCAUGUACUGAGAGAGGAUGUGGUGGCAGACAUCAUAGAAUGCUUCAUCGAAAUGUUACAGAUACCAAACGAAAAGAGCAAAGUACAAGUUCCGCUACUCAAACUGCUACAUCGGGAUCAACCUUAACGAACUAUACCAGAAAUUCAGUUGGAGUAUACUUGAAUAUAGUUCCAGUGAAAGUAUCCUCACCUCAAGGUAGAGAAAUUGAAGUAUACUGUUUCCUAGACGAGGGAAGCACCUCUUGUCUAUGUGAUAAAAGAUUGAUGGAACUUUUAGAGAUUCGCUCUUGA